GUUCGCGUCGCACAGGAGCCUUGACGUAACAAGGGCAGGGACACCUGGGCCCCCGUGCACAGCAGCGUUCGGAGGGCAGCAUGGCGCGGUCGACCUCGUAUCUGCGGCGGGAGAAGGGCUUCGUGCUGGACUGCGUGGCGGUGAGCUCCGUGGCCCGCGCCUACGGCAGCGUGCGGCCCAAGCUGUGGUCGGCGAUCCCGCCCUAUAACGCGCAGCUGGACCCGCACGCCUGGCGCUACUUCCACAGCCGCCCGGUGCCGCCGGUGCUGCGCAGGACCGGCCAGGACCAUGGCGGUACAGGAAGGGAUGGCUGGAUAGUGGACUACUUCCACAUUUUUGGGCAGGGACAGCAAUACCUCGACAGGAGAAACCGGGCGGGCGCAGGGCACUCCCUCCAGCAGGUCAUGGGCCAUGACUACUGGAAUGCGAAUCCGAAGCCGCCCCCCGGGCUCAAUGGCCGGUUUGGCUACCGCAGGAACACCCCAGCCCUCCGCCAGCGCCCCUCGGUGUUCGGAGAAGUCACCCCAUUCCCUCUCUACUGACAGCACUGCUGCCCUUCACAGCCGUUCACCUGAAUUUCUCGGACAGAGGUUUAGAGGAACUCUUGAUAUUAUUUUAUAUUAAAACAGUUCUAUUUGUGUCUC